AUGUGGUUCCGAAACAAGAUGGACGAAGGUGUCAUCCACCCCGAGUUCUCCGAGGAUGACAUGCUCUCGAAAAUUACAAUGACUCUUGUCAUUACUGUCGUGGAGAAUUGCAUUGAUGAAUGGCAAACAGGCAAGCAUAACGAUGUUCAGUUCACGGCGACAGCCUACAAGCACAAGUUCAACGCACACCUCAAACAAAUCAUCGAGUUCGACAAGAAGACCCAGAAGUCCGACAUUGUCCCUCGCCUUCUCAAACACAUGCUCAAGAUGGCAAGGAAACACGCAAAGGUUGUUGAUGCACCAGAUGCAGUGGCACUGCAGCUCACUGAGGAUGAUGUCGAGGCUGCUAAGAAGGAGUGGGAAAGCAUGGUGUUUUCUGAUGAGGAUUAG